UCGGUGCCCAGCAGUGACACCCGCAAGUUCCGCCCAGCAGUGCUUCCCAGCAGUGCCCCCACCUGUGCCCAGCAGUGCCCCCACCUGUGCCCAGCAGUGCACCCACCUGUGCCACUCUGCAGUGCCACCUACCUGUUCUACCUGUGCCCUAGAAGUGCCACCUACAUGUGCCCAGCAGUGCCACCCACCUGUGCCCACCCACCUGUGCCCACCAGUGCCACCCACCUGUGCCCACCCACCAGUGCUGCCCACCCCACCAGUGCCACCCACCAGUGCAGCCCAGCAGUGCUGCCAGUCAGUGCCACC